AUGCCGCCUAGCGACUACACCGCUGUUGGGGGAGGCGCCCUCAAGCUCAAGGGCGCCAAGGUUCAGAAAAAGAAGAAGAAGAAGGACAAGAACGAUUUGGAGAGGAAUUUGUCCGCGGGCGAGGGCGCAUUAGCGAAGAGCGACGGUGCUCCCGCCGCCGACGAGCAACUGGAUCACCGUGACAGCAAGGGCGAUCAGAGCGACGACAAUGGCGCAGUUGCACGAAAGACGGAAUCCGAGAGGAAAUACGACGAGGUCAGAAAGAAGAGGCUGCAAAAGAUGGCUGAGUCGUCGAGUUCUCGACCGGAAUUACUGAAAACGCACAAGGAACGAGUCGAGGAACUCAACACAUACCUGUCGAAACUCAGUGAACAUCACGAUAUGCCAAAGAUAGGACCCGGUUAA